UCGUGAGUGGAGAUCGAUGAUCGGAUCGAGGUAUUCCGUUCGAACUUCGCAGCCAGAAGCGACGGGAACUCCGAGACGCUCGAUUCGACGGCUCAAUUCGACUAGAUUUUCUAGUCUAAUUUAAAGAGUCGACGCGUUGGCGGUAUAAAAGCUAGGUAAUGAAGAUACAGUCAGCAUUCUAUUAGAACACUCCGUCAACGAUGCGUGCACUCAUUGUUUUAUGUCUUGUGGCCGCCGCCACCGCCGGCCGACUGUCUUCCGGCUACAAUUAUGGCCAAGGGUCUACGGCCAGUAUUGGUGGCACCAGUGGAGGAUCUGUGUCUGGAGGUGUUGCAACCGGCGGACUGGCUGGUCCAGUCAGCUACAGUGCUGCUCCCCAGUCGCAGGUGCACAAGGAGUUCUACACCUUCUACGCCAACGACGCCGACUUUGAGGAUCGCGAUGCCCUGCAACGGGCUCUGGCCUCCGUAAAGAAGAGCGUCAGGGUGAUCUUCAUCAAGUCUCCGGAGAACCGUGGCUAUGAGAACGCUGUCCUGGCUCUGGCCAAGCAAGCUGCUCAGCAGCAGACCGCCAUCUACGUGCUCCACAAGCAGACCGACAUCAACGAGCUGGCCCAGAAGUUCAACGCCGUCCGCCAGAAUGCCAACCAGAAGCCAGAGGUGCACUUCGUCAAGUACCGCACUCCCGAGGAUGCUGCCAACGCCCAGCGGGCCAUCCAGUCCCAGUACGACCAGCUAGGCGGAACCAGCCAAUCGAUCAACGGAGGAGUGGCCAACGCCAUCAACUUCGCCUCAAGAGGAGCUGCCCCAGCCCGGGCUGCCCCUCAAACUCAGACACCGGAAGCCAACUAUCUGCCAGCCUCGAUCCUCAGCCGUCUGCGACACUAAGGCUUUUUUAGCCAU